CCACCAAUCCUUCAAGUAAAACUACAAGAAGAAGAAGAAGAAGAAGAAGAAACAAAGAAACAUGAUGGAAAGCAGUGCAGCAUAUGAAAAUGAUCUCAACUUAAAGGCAACUGAACUAAGAUUAGGGUUGCCAGGAACAACUGAUGAUGAAGAAGAAACAGCAGUUUCCAGUGUUAGAACCUACAAGCGACCAUUGCAGGAGGAUACUGAUCAUGAGAAAUGUGGAGGAAAUGGCAAAUCUGAAUCUCAGAAUGAAACAUCCCCUCCUUCCAAAGCACAAAUUGUGGGGUGGCCGCCGGUUCAGUCCUAUAGGAAGAACAACUCUCAGUCGAAGAAAACCGAGUCAGAGCCCGGGAUUUAUGUGAAAGUGAGCAUGGAUGGAGCACCGUAUCUGAGGAAGAUUGACUUGAGAGUUUACAAGGGGUAUCCUGAGCUGUUGCAGGCUUUGGAGAACAUGUUCAGGUUCACCAUAGGUGAAUACUCUGAAAGAGAAGGCUACAAAGGAUCUGAUUAUGCACCUACGUAUGAAGACAAAGAUGGAGAUUGGAUGCUUGUCGGUGAUGUUCCUUGGCAAAUGUUCAUCACAUCUUGCAAGAGACUGAGAAUCAUGAAAGGAUCCGAAGCUAGGGGAUUAGGUUGUGGUGUAUGAGAAGAUUCAGUCUUAUUAUAUCCACAACACAUCUAUCUUUGAGGGAGAGAAAAGUAGUUUGAGCUUGGGUUGUCGAAGGAGAUUGUUUGGAUCGGAUUCUCUCGGUUGCUCAGAAUUCAGAAAAA